CAUACGAAAAAAGAGGUGCAUGAAAUAUCGGGGCAAGAGAAUUCACGAGAAGAGAAGCUGCAAAAAAACCUUCCUCGCAGUGCAGAUCAGACAGACAAAAACAAGAAAACAGCUUUCCUCCAUCACUACUCCCUCAUUGAAUUUUCCGCAAUACCUCACAGUUCUACUCUCUCUCUCUCUCUCUCUCUCCCCCAUAAACAUUCAUUCUUCUCCACAAGCAACAUUUCUCAGAAGAUGGAUCCAUGCCCGUUUGUUCGUCUGAUCGUCGAAUCAUUAGCCCUCAAACUCCCUUCCGCCACAAAGCCCGCGGGCUCAGGAGUCCACCCCUCUACCACCCCCUGCUACGCCAAACUCAAAAUUAAGAACUUCCCUUCCCAAACAGCCCUCCUCCCACUCUGCGUUGCUGGAGAGACGCCGGAGUCUUCAACUUCCCCCGCCGUAUUCCACCUCGACCCCGACGCCCUCCGCCGCCUCGCGUGCAAGCCCAUCGUUACUCUUAAGAUCUCGGUCUUCACGGGCCGCAUGGGCCGGACUUGUGGGGUCACGAGCGGAAAGCUUUUGGGCUCCGUCCAGGUGUGUGUCAAUCUGGGUAAUGCUCAGUCGAAGGGCUGCGUUUAUCAGAACGGGUGGAUGAAGCUUGGAGGCAGCGGCGGGGAGCAGGCGGCGACGCUGCAUUUGACAGUCCGGUCAGAACCGGACCCCCGGUUCGUUUUCCAGUUCGGGGGUGAGCCGGAGUGCAGCCCAGUUGUUUUCCAGAUUCAGGGGAAUAUAAGGCAGCCGGUUUUCAGCUGUAAGUUCAGCGCCGAACGGAGUAAUAGGUCACGGUCUCUUCCUUCAGAUUUCAACCUCAACAAUAAAGGGUGGGUGAGAACGUUCUCUGGGGAGCGAGACAGAGUCGGAAGGGAGCGAAAGGGAUGGAUGGUAGUCAUUUACGAUCUAUCCGGCUCUCCAGUUGCUGCAGCCUCUAUGGUCACACCGUUUGUCCCUUCACCAGGAUCCGACCGCGUCUCUCGCUCUAACCCCGGUGCUUGGCUCAUCCUCAGCCCUAAUGGAGUCUCCAUUAGCAGCUGGAAGCCCUGGGGACGUCUCGAGGCUUGGCGAGAGAGAGGGCCCGUUGAUGGCCUAGGUUACAAGUUCGAGCUCAUAACCCAUGCUGGCCUUACCAGUGGAAUCCCCAUUGCGGAAGGAACAAUGAGUGUAAAAAAGGGUGGAAAAUUUUGCAUUGAUAACUCAAGGAAAGACUCGGCGUUGAGCUUAGUGUUGCCAAGUCGAGGGUUCGUGAUGGGAUCGAGUGUCGAAGGUGAAGGAAAGUGUAGUAAACCGGUGGUUCAAGUUGGAGUGCAGCAUGUUACCUGCAUGGCCGACGCUGCCCUUUUUGUUGCGCUUGCGGCUGCCAUAGACCUCAGCAUGGAUGCCUGUCGCCUGUUUUCUCAUAAACUCAGGAGGGAGUUUAGCCUUGAUGAGAAAGAGCUUUUCCUCUGAGAUUUUAUCAGAAGCUCUUGGAGAAGUCCUCUUUUUGCAGUGAAAACCAUUGGCUUGAGGACCCUUUGGUUUGAGCUUGAAAGAUGUGUUUUUCCCCUCAACGAUUAUGACAGUGAGCAACUGCAAGUCCUGAUGCUGAUUCUUCUUGUAAUUAAACAUCUCAUUUUUGUGCAUUUUCUACCUUUGGUGGGAUCUGAUUUUGUGAGCAAUUUGUAUUUGUUGUAAGCGUACUGAGGGCUGAAAUUGUACAUAGAGACAAACCGGAUUUUUGGUUGCGAGUAUUUAUCAUAUAUAUUUUCAAUUUGUUCAAA